AUGCCGGCCCACCACCACCCUUCGUCUUCUGCACCCUGCGUGUCGUUCCCCUCAUCGUCCAAGGCUCUGCAGUCCUCUUCAUUGCUCUCUGCCUUGAGCCCCAGGUCUUGGACUAUUUCGUUCGGUAAAGUCAACCCCACGGCAUCAUACACCGAUGUCGCUCUGACUUACCUUCCAUUAGCCCGCAACUCAAUCCUGGCUGUUCUCGAGGACGCCAUUACCGUCGGGCGCCUCACCAUUUCCGAUUCAGAAGGAGAUCAUCAAUACGGGGAACGUCAACCCGGAUGCAACGAUGUGCGCCUUCGCAUCGUCAAUGACAACUUUUGGAUGCGAAUUCUCCUCUCCGGUGAUGUAGGCUUCAGUGAAGCGUAUAUGAUUGGAGAUUGCGAGGUUCAGACUGGUCUCAAGGGUGCUAUGGAUCUAUGGCUUGAUAAUCAGUCGGGCAUGGAGAUGACCCUAUCGUCUACUGUUGCACGGAUAUCAUCCGCUAUGACUGCUCUCUACAACAGUUUCCUUGGGCAGACAAAGUCGCAGGCUCGACUCAAUGCCAUUGCCAGUUACGACCAAUCGAACGAGUUGUUCAAGGCCUUCUUGAGCAAGGAGAUGAUGUACUCCUGUGCAUUGUGGGGUGAAAAUGAAGGCGGCGUUCGAGGAGACCUAGAGUUGGGACCCACCCCUGGAGAUCUAGAAGCUGCUCAACUUCGCAAACUUCACCAUGUUCUACGGGCUGCACGGGUCAAGCCUGGCGAUCGAAUCCUCGAAUUUGGCAGCGGCUGGGGAGGUCUCGCUAUCGAAGCUGCUCGCACUUUCGGUUGCGAGGUCGAUACUUUGACCCUUUCGAUUGAACAAAAGACUCUCGCUGAGGAGCGCAUUGCGGAGGCCGGUUUGGAGGGUGUUAUUCGAGUUCAUCUCAUGGACUACCGCGAGAUCCCCGCAGAAUGGGAACACGCCUUCGACGCUUUCAUCAGCAUCGAGAUGAUCGAGCAUGUCGGCCCCAAGUACUACAACACCUACUUCAAACUCGUCGAUUUUGCCCUCAAGCCACAAAAGGCCGCCGCUGUCAUCACCUCCUCUACUUUCCCCGAAUCAAGAUACUCGAGUUACCAAGCUGAAGAUUUCAUGCGCAAAUACAUGUGGCCCAAUUCGAGCCUGCCCAGCGCAACAGCCCUCAUCACUGCUGCACACACCGCCUCACAAGGUCGCUUCACUCUGCAAGGAGUCGAAAACCACGCCGCACAUUAUCCCCGAACACUGCGAGAGUGGGGUCGUCGACUAGAGCGAAACUUGACCCAAGAACUCGUUGCAAGAGAUUACCCUUCACUGAAAGACAACGCCGAUUACGAGUCGUUCAAGCGCAAGUGGCAAUACCUCUUCGCUUACGCUGGUGCUGGCUUCUCGAAGGGUUAUAUCACUUGCCAUAUGUUGACUUUCAUUCGAGAGAACGACAUCCCUGAACGUUGCGACUGA